CGUUCAGGCUCGCUCCAUCAUCGUUCUCAGCGGGCAGCACUGACGGGAGCGCCGCUGACUGGGUUAUGUUUGUGGGGGUUUCGGUGAAUCCCUUGUCCCGAUCUCCACCGUAGCUUGCUGUUGUUCCGACCCGGCGAGGGACUGUCUGUUCCGGGCUGCCAGUCUCUGCUCUCCGCUGCCAUGGAUGGACUGUGGAUGGUGCCUCUGCUGCUGUUCCCUCUCCUGAUGUGGACCAGCAGCACCUUUGUUUUUUAUUUCAAAAAGUUCUUCUACGUGGCCUGGAUGAUGUUCCUGGCCUUGUUGGGGAUUCCCUUGUGUUUGCUGAAAAGCGGAGGCAGAGACAUAGAAAACAUGAGGGUCAUUCGUUUCAUGGUUAGCCAUGUCAAAUACUUGCUGGGUCUUCGGAUUGAAGUGAGCGGCUGGGAACAUCUGCAGACAGAAGGUCCAUAUGUCAUCAUCUCCAACCACCAGAGCUCUCUGGAUGUUUUGGGUCUGAUGGAGGUUUUACCUGACCGCUGCACCACAAUUGCCAAGAAGGAGCUGGUUUACGCUGGGACUGUGGGCCUCAUCUGCUGGCUGGGAGGCAUUGUUUUUAUCAACCGCAAGAAGACUAGUGAUGCCAAGAAUGUCAUGGCUGACGCUGCCAAAACCAUGCUGGAUGAGCAGAUCCGGCUGUGGGUCUUCCCAGAGGGAACUCGUAACCAGAAUGGUGACCUGCUGCCUUUCAAAAAAGGUGCUUUCCACUUGGCAGUGCAGGCACAAGUUCCCAUCAUACCUGUAGUUUUCUCCUCCUACAACAACUUCUACCUUCGGAAGGAAAAACAGUUCAAAUCAGGAACCAUUAAAUUAAAGAUCCUUCCAAAGAUUGAGACAAAGGGGAUGACAUCAGACGACGUGUCGUCUCUCUCUGACAAAUCCUUCAGCCUGAUGCGCGACGCUUUCCUUGAAAUCUCUAACUCUGUCACCCAGAGCAAUGGGCCCUCAAGGCACUGA